UAUUCGCUUUAAAAGAAUUCUAAACGUAUUUAUUUUGUAACGUAAAUAUUUUGAUUAAGUUAAGUCAAAAAUAGAAAAAGUGAAUAAAUAAUCGCAAAACAAAGGUAUAUUAAGCUAAUUACUGCAGUAUACUAACUAAAAAGUGGGCGCAUGCGAAAGCAGAACUAUGGAGCUCUUACCUUCAGGCGCAGUGGCGGAAGAUGGCGUUAAUCAGGGCGAAAUUUUAAACAUCACAGUUGGUGGCGUUGGCGCGAACGAAAAGAAGAAGUUAAUUGUCACUGCAAUUUCGAUGCUGAUGCAGUCGUCUUCAUCGGAAAGCGAUGAUGAAGAAGAACGUAUUAUUAUUGAAAAAUUAAGAUCCGACGAUAUUUUGGUGCUUCUAAAACAAAGAAGUCGGCGAAAUUCUGUGCAGAACUUCUUAGAGUUGACUGUGCCGACUUACACUGAGGAAGAGUUCCGCACUCAUUUCCGGAUUUCCAUAAAUUUAUUUGAAAGCCUUGCUCACCGAUUCUCUCUUUCGGAACUUUAUCAAAAUCUAAGAGCAGACAAAAGGUUGUCACCAAGAACUCACUUGCUUGUUUUUCUGUGGUUUGCUGGCCACGAAGCAUGCAGUUAUAGGGAUUUGGGUGACCGGUUUAAUUUAUGUCUGUCAUCUGUAUGUCAUGUUAUUAACAGAGUAACAAAGUUCAUCAGCUCAUUGAGUCCAGAUGUGAUUAAAUGGCCUACUGCAGAACAAAAAGGAGAAUCAAGCAAUUUUUUUAAUCGCAAAUGCUAUUUUUCUAAAGCAAUUGGAUGCAUUGACGGAACGCAUAUUCGGAUAGAUCCGCCAAAAAGAUCAAAGGAUGACUACAUCAAUAGGAAGGGGAUUAUGUCGAUUUGUUUGCAAGCGGUAUGCAACGAAAAGAGAAAAUUUAUUAACAUUUUCGUUGGAUACCCUGGUUCCAGUCACGACAGUUGGGUCUUCCAAAAUUCGACACUUUAUGAUAACUUGCCUUCUUAUUGUGGAGAUUAUUACCUUUUGGGCGAUUCAGCAUAUCCCUGUAACAAAUAUGUGAUAACGCCAUAUAGAGAUAAUGGGCAUUUAACAAAUGCUCAAAAGUAUUUUAAUAUAAAACUAAGCUCUGGGCGCAUCGCCAUUGAACACUCCUUUGGCUUAUUGAAGCAAAGGUUCCGCCAAUUGUACUAUUGCAAGCUCCGGGGCAUGGAAAAACUUUGCCACUUCGUUAGAGCCUGUUGCGUUCUGCAUAACAUAGUAGACGAAGACGAUUUAAACUUUAUUGCAGGUAUUUCUGAAGAAACCUCCGAUGACUUAACAUCUUACGGUGAAGUUGCUAGGGGAAAUCUUGUGAGGGAUCCAAUAUGUCAAGAGAUACAACUUCGUCACCCAAAUCCAUAGAUUUAGUCAAGAAACAAUGUUUAUUUGUAUGUAUGUACUUCAAAAUAUUUUA